AUGGACCAAAGGCCCACUGCAUACACGGAAAGGCCCGAGUCCCUCAACCGUCUGGCCCUGCAGGAAUUCGUGCGACAACCGGUGACGCGCGAGAUGGUGGCUCACCUGGCCCUGCAAGCCUCGCGGGUCAUCCGCUGCGAGUCCCAUGUGACGGCGACACCGCACAAUAAUCAUCACGGUCAACCCACGCCCCCCAGCUCGCCUCCCCUCGACGACCACGAGGCCGGCAUCAAUAAUCUCCCGUUACCUUCCGUCGAACUCUUCAUCACCUCGCUCGUCACCCGCUCCCAGGUCCAGGUGCCCACCCUCAUGACCUCCCUCGUCUACCUGGACCGCCUGCGCGCCCGGCUCCCCCCAGUCGCCAAGGGCAUGCGCUGCACCGUCCACCGCAUCUUCCUCGCCGCCCUCAUCCUCGCCGCCAAGAACCUCAACGACUCCAGCCCGAAGAACAAGCACUGGGCUCGCUACACAGCCGUCAAGGGCUACAACGGCUUCUGCUUCUCCCUCCCCGAGGUCAACCUUAUGGAGCGCCAGCUGCUCUUCCUCCUCGACUGGGAGACCCGCGUCUCGGAGACCGACCUCUUCGACCAGCUCGAGCCCUUCCUGGGCCCCAUCCGCCACCGUUACAUGCUCCAGGAGCGUCAAGCCGCGCACCAGGCACCCCCACGCGAGUGGCGCCGCUUCCACGCCUCCGCCGAGCUCCUCGCCUGCCGUCUCCGCCGCCAGAAGCUCGAGGCCCGUCUCGAAGCCCGCCGCUCCGUCAACCACCACCACCACCACCACCACCACCACCCCUCCAUCCGGCGCCAUCUCCCCCCCAGCCCAGCCUCAUCCAACGCCUCAAUGUCCCCCGCUUCACUAGCCGACUCCGACCGCUACAGACCGUACUCCAUCCGCCGGCGACCGUGCUCCCGCCACGGCGUGUCAGUCUCCCCGCCCUCCAUCCAAGACGUCCCGGGUCUCUCCCGCGCAGAGACCCUCCCCUCGCUCAGCUCGCGCGCCUCCAGCGUCGCCUCCACCAGCUCCCGCGGCACACCCGCUAGCCUCCGCACCUCCAGCUCCACAGCCAGCAUGGCCGUGCUGGACGAUGUGACUUCCAGCCCGUCUUACACCGGCUACGUCCAUCUCCCUGCUGAGCCUAAGCAUGACGGAACUUACCUACCCUUGCAUCAGCAGCCGCAGCAGUCGGGUAAGAAAGCGCGGGUGUCUACGCAUGGUAGCUCCGGGUUCAUGGCGAGGAUUUUGGCCUCCGCUGCGGGAUCGUAUAUGGGACGACGACCUGUUUAG